AUGUGCUCGACCAACUCCAGCCAGGAGUACCUGGUGGCGCCAUCAAAGGACGGCAUGGACGAGACGAGCUACAUACUUCAGCAGCGGCGGCGUCAACAACAGGUGAUGGAUGGAGGCGACAACCUCAAAAACUGUCCAAAGUUUGCGAGUUUCAAUUACAUCAACUCAAUUAUUGGUAGUGGUGUUAUUGGUAUUCCAUAUGCGUUUAAUUGUCUGGAGUGCACACAUAAGCGGUUCCUUUUCAUAUCAAUCAUUGAUGAAAUCUGCCUUUGGCAGAUAUGGUUUCAUAGUUUUUUCCUUUUACAAUUUAUUUAUCCUUUUAUAGCGAUGAUAAGCUAUAACAUAAUCGUUGGGGACACUGCAACAAAGGUCUUGAUUCGGUUGUUUUCUCUGCCACACGACUCUGUAUUUGCCCAACGGUACUUUGUCAUAGCAAUGGCCACAAUUUUUAUCACGACCCCUUUGUGCAUGCUAAGGAAUGUAGCAAGACUAGCCAAAGCGUCUAUUGUGUCGUUCAUCAUGGUUUUGGUUAUCUUUGUGACCAUAGUCAUCAGAUACGAAUCUUUACACGACGUUAUGUCCACAGUAACCGAAGUUGGUAACAUAAACACAUGGGAUUUUGCUCGGCCUGGUGCGAUUCAAGCUAUUGGAAUAAUGUCAUUCGGUUUUAUGUGUCAUCACAAUGUGUUUUUGUUGUACGAUUCAAUCGAAGGAGCAAGUCAAACAAUUUGGAACUGUGUAACACACGUCGCGGUCACAAUAUCGUUCUUGCUAAUGGUCGCAUUUGGACUAGUUGGAUAUGCUACAUUUGGUGAUCUCACUCAAGGUGAUUUGUUGGAAAACUAUUGUUGGAACGAUGAUUUAAUCAAUAUAUCAAGGUUGUUGUUUUCAUUGACAACGUUGCUCACAUUCCCAUUGGAAUGUAUGGUUACUAAAGCUGUUGUCGAUCAGACGCUUAGGGGUGGUACCGAUCCUUUUCCGAUGUCAAAAAGAGACACGCGAUCAUUACGGUUUCUAUUCUUGUGGCAACCUACUUUGUUUCCAUAUCCACCAAAUGUCUUGGAAUAG